CUCCCUCUAAACUGAAACAUCACCAAAACCUCCUCUGCGUGAACCAAACAGAGGAGGGACGCAGCCUGCCGCUUACCUGGCUUCUAUUAACCUGUUAUUAAUAAACCCGGCAGAUCACGUGGUCGGCCACGCCGAGAACACCAUCCAUCGUUUUCAACAACUAGAGGUGAUUUCUCUGCGCUCAUCACCGUGAAGGAUGCUGCUGAUCCCGCUGCUGUGAAGCUCUCUCUCUCUGUGUGUGUUUGUUUACAGAGCUCCUCCUCUAUCGUCAGCGAGUGGUCACAUUUUUUUUUUUUUUUUUUGCUCAAUGAGAGCAAAAGGGCACCGGCGAGGAUUUCCUAAUCUCAACGCGCAGCCGAGCCGUGCGCCUGUUUUUCUCUCGCCUGUGUCAAAGUGAAGGCUGAUAUGAUGACAUCCUUUGGAAAACUGGAUCCCGGACAGCACCGAAAACCUUCUCAUCUUAUUUGAAUCUGUUGGGAAAUACAAUGCUUAACUCCCCAAAGUUCCUAACCACCUGUUAAGAGCGAGGACACUGAGAGCUGCACCAUCAUGGCUUCAGAUCAGCCCAGCAUGGACUGUUCGGAGAAAAGAUCUGCAGAAGGUGCAGGCUGCAAGCAGCUGGGACGGAGAUAUUUGCGGAAAAAGCUCCGGCCUGUUCGGGUUUUGGGGUUGGUCUUCAGCCUGGUGGCUUUAAGUGCCGUCUCCAUCAGUGCCUUGAGCCGGAGUUCAGAUGGGCUCAGCGAGCCAUCGCUCCCCCAGGUGGAUCUUCAGCAGUCAGCCCCACACAGGACACUACUUUUCACCCCACAUCAGGGGGACCCAAAUGUGUCAGUCGACAUGCCCAUAGCCAUGAAGUCCACAGCAGAUGACAAUGAGACACAGGGGGAGUACCCACAAGACCUUUUUACCCUGGAGGAGAGGCGACAAGGAGCAGUGGUCCUCCAUAUGUUUGGCAUGAUCUACAUGUUCAUUGCCUUAGCCAUCGUGUGUGACGAAUUUUUUGUUCCAGCACUGACGGUAAUCACAGAGAAGCUCUCCAUCUCAGACGACGUGGCAGGUGCCACCUUCAUGGCGGCUGGCGGUUCGGCCCCAGAGCUCUUCACCUCCAUCAUUGGAGUCUUCAUCUCUCACAGCAACGUGGGCAUCGGCACCAUUGUAGGCUCGGCCGUCUUUAACAUCCUCUUUGUCAUCGGGAUGUGCGCCAUCUUCUCCAAGGAGAUCCUCAACCUGACAUGGUGGCCGCUCUUCCGCGACGUGUCUUUCUACAUCCUGGAUCUGAUCAUGCUCAUCAUCUUCUUCUUGGAUAACAUCAUCACCAUCUGGGAAAGUAUCACUCUGCUCUCCGCCUACGCUGCCUAUGUGAUCUUUAUGAAGUUCAACAGCACGGUUGAGGGCUUUGUCAAGGGUUGCAUACACAAGAACCAAGUGGUGGAAGUAGAGGUACAACCCAAGGAUGAGAAGUUGAGCCCCGGGGUGCCAGACGACGAUGGCAAGUUGUCGGCCAGGCCUCGCCUGCAAAGGGGCGGCAGCUCUGCUUCUCUGCACAACAGUUUGAUGAGAAACAGCAUUUUCCAGCUGAUGAUUCACACACUGGACCCUUUAAGUGAAGAAUUUGCUGACUCUGAGCUUGGGACUUAUGGGAAACUAAAAUAUUAUCACUCAAUGACUGAGGAAGGUAAAUUUCGUGAGAAGGCGUCUAUCCUUCACAAGAUCGCUAAAAAGAAAUGCCAGGUGGAGGACAGCGAGAAGGCCAACGGAGUAGCAAGCCGUGCAGAAAAAAAUCUUCCAAACAGCUCCAGCGUGGAAGUGGAGGUGACCCCACCUAUGAACGGAACAGCGGGGCAAGAGGGAGAGACGGCUGAAGAUGAGGAAGAGGAGGACCAGCCUCUGAGCCUGUCCUGGCCCGAAUCCAAUCGCAAGCGCUUCACCUACCUCUUUAUCAUACCCAUCGUCCUUCCCCUGUGGCUGACUCUUCCUGACGUCAGGAAAACGUCGUCAAAAAAGUUCUUCCCCGUUACGUUCCUGGGGGCCAUCUGCUGGAUUGCAGGAUUCUCCUAUCUGAUGGUGUGGUGGGCUCACCAGGUUGGCGAGACCAUCGGGAUUACAGAAGAGAUUAUGGGUCUGACUAUAUUAGCAGCUGGAACCUCUAUCCCCGACCUCAUCACCAGUGUCAUUGUGGCACGCAAGGGGCUGGGCGAUAUGGCUGUAUCCAGCUCUGUGGGCUCCAACAUCUUCGACAUCACUGUUGGGCUGCCGUUUCCCUGGUUAGUGUGGUCCAUGUUCCGCGGCUUCAUCCCGGUGCAGGUCAGCUCCAACGGCCUCUUCUGCGCCAUCGUGCUCCUCUUCCUCAUGCUCCUCUUCGUCAUCAUCUCCAUCGCUGCGUGCAAGUGGCGAAUGAGCAAGCUUUUAGGCUUCAUCAUGUUCAUGCUGUACUUUGUCUUCCUGGUGGUUAGCGUCAUGCUGGAGGACAGGGUGAUCAGCUGCCCCGUGUCCGUCUGAUAGGCCCGCCGGGGAGCUCACUCACCUCGUCACCAUCCAACAACCAUCCAUACAGCCUGCCGUCGAUCUCACCUGACCCUCAUAAUCCUUUACACCACAAGAACCAAGCGUGAGGAGUAAAGAAAAACGGGACGAAACAUGGAAUCUGCGAACAAUUUUGGCCCACGGUAAGAGGGAGGGGGAUGAUGAGGUUUUAUCUAGAAAAGAUUUUGUGGACAAUUUUUUUGAGGAGGGGCGCGAGCCAAACAAAAGGUAUUAUGCAUGCAAUUAGGCUCACUGGAGGAACUGGAUUCAAGUCGUCGCCUGACAAGUUGGAGUAGCAGCGUGCUCACAUUUUUCACAGCAAAAACGCCACGACUUGAGCAGCAACUGUGAGCACAUUUGAACGGACAAGCUCGCUCAGCAGGCUGAAACAAAUGUUGGAUGCGGAUGAAUUUAUUCAUGAGGACAUGGCAGACUCUGCGGAUGAGUGUUUCGCUCCAAAGCCGAUGGUAUCGAGACUCUCGUGUGAGAUUUCUGCAGACAAACUUUUCCUCCUUUUUUGUUCUUUUUUUCUUUUUCUUUUUUUUUUUUUGCGGAUCCAUCUGUGCUCGGUCUUUAUGACACGUUUCAGCCUUCAUCCUGUCCUGCCAAUUGUCGUCGACACAUUUCCACUGAGCAUUUUUUUAUUUAUUUUUUCUGGCUCAAUAGAAGUAGCAGUAGGUUUACAGUAACAGUAUUAUUCGACGUGAAGCCAUCUUAACAGUCUGCUUAUCUUCUUCUCUCGCUGAUUGUACAGAAUCCUCCAUGCUUCACAUGUACCGAUUUUAAAAAAAGUUUUAAAAAAGCCUGACUGAAGUAUAGACACUAGCCUUCAAAUAUCUCACACAGUUUGGGAGAAAUGCAUGAGUACAUAGGCUCAAUAAAGUUAAAUACCUAAAUACCUAGAAGUACUACAUCAAAAGGAUGUUUACCAUGUUUAAGCAUCAUGGUUGGCUUAGAUUAGUCAAUGUGCAGUGCUUAGUUCAUCAUAAAACUUGCCUCAAGUCACCUAAUGAAACCGUUUGAGGUACAAGUAACAAGGCAUAAAUUGCAUGGGGAAAAAAAAAAGACCCUUCAGGGUGAGAAAAUAACUAACAUAAAGAAAGUUGUAUACAAAAAACAGCAUACUUUUGUUUUUAACUACUUUUUUGCAAAUCAAGACUCAAUCUCUAUGUAUGGUCAACAAUAUCUAUCAAGCUGUCUAUCAAACCAUUUUCUCUCUAAUCAAAGGUGCUUUUGUGUGCAUGUGUGCAAAUGUGCAUUUGGAGUCACCACACUGAAAUUUACUCACCUUUAGAGGCAUUUUGCAUAAUGUAUGCACACCAAUUUGUCUCUCUUUAAGCUACGUAGAAUGUGGAAAACUCACAGACUUUAUAGCAAUAUACCACAUGUUGUCUUUGAAAGUGUAAUCGCUCCAAGCAUGUUUUGCUAAUUUGGGAUUUUCUUAUCAGACGCCAUCAGUGGGGGAUGGGCAACAAUAAGCAGUACACCAAUUUUCAUUUUAAAAUGUGACGCGUUAAAUUGGAAAAAACAAAUCUUUCUUUCUUCUUUUUUGGGCGCAAAAACAGAUGAGAAGAAAUCAAUAUGUUUUGCUUGAUUUUACUGAAUAACAAUGCAUAAAAUUGUAGUUAAAAAGGAAUGCUGACACUUCCACUUGAGGUAGUAGCAUAAUUUUUGGUGGGUUUAUUUUCUUCCUUUUUGUAUCUGUUUAGUUGUGGAAACAACACAUGGGACACCAUUGGAGUGUGCAAAGGAAACAGCACCUCCUCCAGUCACAGGAUCACAAAGAACAGAUGCUAUUAGCAGCUAAAUCUAAUUUCACCACUUGUGCUCCUUCUUAGUCCUUAACCCUAACAGGUAAGGGUUAAGGACUACCUUAACCCUUUUGUUUCCAUGGAGUAAGGUCAGGAUUAGGUAUUAAAAAAUUGGCUACAGUAUAUUAAAAAAACCAAAAACAUAUAUAUAUAUAUAUUUCAGGUUAAUUUGGAGCACAAAACUAAGGAAUUAAAUUCGGAUUUUUAUUUUGCGUUUUCAAGCAAAAAUCAAGUAGUGGCCGCUUUUUGUUCUUCAUUGAUGGUGUUCGAUGAGAGCGUCGAUUAUCAGAACAUGCUUAGAGACUAAUUCCUCCCAUUCGUCUGUCCCUCUCUGUCCUCCUUCCCCGCAGGAGGUAAAGUGGGCGACCAGUUCUCCUCCUCCCCGCGCUUUUUACCUCAGCCUCUGUACAGCCGCAUCGUCGGAGUUAACUGUAAAAUAAUAGGUAUAGAUUCACCGAAUGUGUGAGGAAGCAUGCAUGCAAGGAACUCUGGCUGGUCACCCCAGCGCAGCUUAAAGACCACCAAAUUUUAUGCAUUCGUUUGUGGAGGAACAUUAAGAAAUUUAAUGCUUUUCUUUUUUUUUUUGUAAAUAACUUUCUUCUUUUCUUUUAUUUUUCUUUUCUUUUUAAAAAAAAAACUAAUGAAAACAAAACAAAACAAAAAUGUUGCACACAUACGUUUAACUCACUACUUUUUGCUUUGAUGUUCUGGAAGUUUUGAGGAAUGUUGCAGGGAACCCUUUAGUAGCACCGCUGAGAGAAAGCAAACACCGAACUCGCACUAACAGUAAACAUGCCCAUUCUGGUUCUGUUAAGUAAAAGGGGGCUUUAAAAACCACAUUGCCUCCUCCGAUUCAACUAAUUGACACUGCCACUCUAUUAUUUGUUUUUUUAAGUAUAUUCACAAUACAAAUCUAAAUCAUAAGAAUAGAUAUUGUAAGCUGUUCUUUCACCAUUCAGUUCGGAAGAGUCAAUUUACAGCAUUGGUCUCGGCAGUGACUCGUGUGCUUUUGUGCACAUUUUCCAUGAAAAGCCUCCUUCAGCGCCCACACACACCGUUUGAUCCGAUCUCACUUCAGAUUCUUUUCACACCCCUUCUUCAAAGGAAUCCUUUAGGAAAUAUCAGAUUUUUACGUGCUCUUGCUGAGACUUUGUGCACAGUAGAAAUAGGGUCUGCUUGGCAGAAAAUGCUGAAAAAUGUGGGGGGGAAUGAAUCCAGCGGACAUCUUCCUCUGUUUGUCUUCGCUUUAACUCUUAGAUUAAGUUUCCGUUUCAAAGUAGGAUGAAAACGAAUGUGGAUGUUACCCAAGAUAUCUCACUGCAACCUGUUCUGAUGAGAGAUUUGAAUGUAACAACAGGUCAGAUUUUCAAAAGCAUGUCAAGAUGAUUUUCACAUUUUAUUUUUUUAGUGGAUGAAGAAAAAAAAAAAGAUCUAGCAGAUGAGCUUUGAAUUGAUUCUGGUUCAAAAGGGUGAGCGACCUUGAAAGUUAGCAACUAACAAGCAUUCUUGCACUUGUAAAAUGUUUUAUUUUCUUGGUGUUGAUCUAAAAUUUAUUUAACAUGUACAUAUGCUGUAAACGGAAACAAAUUAUCCAUAUAACCUAUAUGUGUACAAGAAAUAUGUCUCUUUAUGUAAAAAACACAAAGUAUAAUAUAAUGAAAACAAAUAAAUAUGCUAAUUCA